AAAAGUUCAUGCCAACUUUUAUUAAACUGGAACGUCCAUCCGAGAUAUUCAUUAGUAGCCUAUCCAAGAGAAUGAUGUUCAACUAUCGCUUUUUCGGGGGCAUACUAAUUGUCUUUAUUACAGUUGAUGUCGUAUUUUCGGCUGAUAGAUGUCGACUGACCAAUAUGGGGUCAGUCAGGACCAACCAGACUAUUCACAACAAGCCAGUCCUCUAUAAAACCGUUCCAGAGAAUUGCACAGAGGGAGAAUUCGAUUGGGACUGGCCACAGGGCUACAUCUACCUCUCCUCCACACUAGGCAGACCUCACUCUCUGUGUGUCCAGACAACCGAAUUCGGGGCAGUGAUGUUAGGUGGAGUAAGUGACGUCACAGGUGGGAAGGACGUUCCAUUGGCACUACCUACACAAGAUCACCCGGCCUGCUCUAUUGCAACAUCAGGCAAAGCAGAACUUCUCAUUUCAGCUUUUAGCACGCAAAUCUAUUGGACUACAUUUGGAUAUAGAGUGAAUCUCUUAUAAUGAGCUUACGGGUAUAAUAGCAUUGCAUAUGUAAAAAUAAAAACGUCUCGUGAUGUGAAGAAAUGGAAUAACUGAACAUAUACAUUGUAAUAAAAGCUAACUAUUAUAACAAGAA